GGGCAAAUAUCUCCGUUGCAAUCAAGUACUCCUCCUUUCUCCUCUCUCCCCUCCACCCUCUGCUCUUCCCACUCUCUGAAAACCAGACGAAGAAACAAAACUCAUGGCGACUUCACCAGCAAAACUAACAUUUCGCGUGGUCGUAGCCAUGGUGGUGAUAGUGGUGCUCUUCUAUGUCGGUCGCCCUCUUUACUGGAAGAUAUCCGCCACGGUCCACGACAUCCGCCACAAUAAGCAAACCGUCCGAGAAGGUAUAUCGCAGAUUGUCUACGAGGCGCAGAAAUCGGUGGGCUGGUAUCACGACGAGUCUGACUCGGGGAUCCGCGACGAUCGGGCAAAGAAGGCGGUUGCUACUGCCGCACGAAGGCUUCUUCUCGUUAAGGUUGUGUGAGAAUUCUUCGUCGCCUUUGAUUUCUAGGUCUUACUCUGUGAUGCGUAACUAUAUCCUACGUUGUGUUUUCAUUCAGUGGAAAAUUUAGGGUAGAUCGAUAUUGGGAGAAAAUUCCUAAUGGUACUUUUAUGGAGGCAAUUACUGAAUGAACAUCCGCAAUGGUUUUUGCUAGACGUUAUAUCCAAAAUUUGUCUAAUUUUGAUUCGUUGAAAGUAAUAGCAAAUACAGCGGAAAGGAUUUCUAUGCCUAAUGUGGUGCAGGGAAAAAUGGGAUAGUAUUCUUUACUUUUCAAGUUUUCUUACAGAACGUUUGUGUAAAAGUUAGCAAAGCGACAAAGAGGAAA